AUGGCCGCACUCAUCAAGGCAGCUAAUGCGAAGAUUCGCUCGAACCCGGUGACGGAUUACAUCUGCUCAACGCACUUCUGGGGUCCCGUCUCCAACUUCGGCAUCCCGGUCGCCGCCGUCAUGGACACGCAGAAGAGCCCCGACCUGAUCUCCGGAAAGAUGACCUUUGCUCUCUGCAUCUACUCCGCGACCUUCAUGCGCUACUCCCUGGCCGUCACGCCCCGCAACUUCCUCCUGUUCGGUUGCCACUUUGUCAACGAGGGUGCCCAGCUGACCCAGAUGUACCGAUGGAUGCAGUACAACAAGUGGGGAGGCAAGGAGGCGGCUGAGGCUUCCGGCGUCCAGGGUGCUGUCGAGGCUGCGAAGGACACGGCCAAGAAGGUCGAGGCCAAGGUUGAGGCUGCCGUCAGCAAAUAA